CCGCGCGCGGGGCACGACGGGAACCGCCCUCAGCCGGGACCCGCCAUUUUCUGCCGGGAAAGGCGGGAAGGGGGAGAUCGAAGCCGCCGCAGCCGCACCGCGGGACCCGCACGGCUCCAGCGCCGCCGCCAGCGCCGCUCGCAGGCUGUGACGGCCCGGCAUGGCCCGCACCAAGCAGACGGCUCGGAAAUCCACCGGCGGGAAAGCGCCGCGGAAACAACUCGCCACCAAGGCGGCCCGGAAGAGCGCGCCCUCCACCGGGGGCGUGAAGAAACCGCAUCGCUACCGCCCCGGCACGGUGGCGCUGCGCGAGAUUCGCCGUUACCAGAAAUCCACGGAGCUGCUGAUCCGGAAACUUCCGUUCCAGCGGCUGGUGCGGGAGAUCGCGCAGGACUUCAAAACAGACCUGCGCUUCCAGAGCGCGGCCAUCGGCGCCCUGCAGGAGGCGUCUGAGGCGUACCUGGUGGGGCUGUUUGAGGACACCAACCUCUGCGCCAUCCACGCCAAGCGCGUCACCAUCAUGCCCAAGGACAUCCAGCUGGCGCGGCGCAUCCGGGGGGAGCGCGCCUGAGCCCCCAAAUUCCCAAAAAUUACCCAAAAAUUCCCCAAAAAUUCCCAAAUUCCCAAAUUCCCAACAUUUCCCGAAAUUCCCAAAAUCUCAAAAUUCCCAAAUUCCCAACAUUUCCCGAAAUUCCCAAAAAUUAACAAAAUUCCCGAAUUCCCAACAUUUCCCGAAAUUCAAAAAAAAAAAAACAACCCAAAAUUCUCCACAAUUCCGGAGAAUUCCCCUGAAAUUCCAAAAUUCAAAAAAAUCUCAAAAUUCCCAAAUUCCCCAAAUCCCCAAAAUUCUGGAGAAUUCCCCAAAAUUCUC